AUGAAUAAUCAUGUAUUUCAAAUCAUUAUUUUUGUAUUUGUGAAUUUUGCACAAAUUCAUAGCGAGACAACUUCUGAUAGUACAUCAAUCACUAGCAUGAUGACCACAUCGGCAUCGGAUUCUAGUACUUCAUCGAUUACGACAAAUACAGCAUCAACUUUAUCUUCUAUAUUAUAUCCAGAUUCUACGAUAACGAGUCUCUCUUCAUCAUCAUAUUCAAUGUCUACUCCUAUCUCAUCAACAAUAACGACUUCUUUGACAUACACAAUUUCAGUGACUAUAAAUAACUCGCAAGGAUAUUCUUCUCCAUUACCUACAUCAACUAGUUUUUUUAAUACAACGUCUGAAACAAUAACUUAUUCAACAGUUAAUUUAACUUACAAAUAUGUUGUGGGAAGUUCAUCUCCUUUAAGGACAGGAGAUAUUACUAAUGCUACAGUUUUAACAAGUGUACAACAAAUGGUUGUUUCUUCAUUCAAUCUAACAAACCGUAAUGUUACUAUUACAGUCAUACGUAUUGAAAUUCGAUCUAUAUCAAAAGCUGAUAAUUAUAUAUAUGAUAUGAUCACUGAUAUAUCAUUCAAAAGUAGUAGUACUAAUUGUGAUAUAACUUGUAUCAAACAAUCUGCAUUAUCAUCUGUAUCAGCACAAAAUUUUACACUAUUUGAUACAAAUAAUUCUUCAAUAACUGUAGUUCCUCAAUCAAGUCCAAUAUUAAUAAAUAAUACGGCACCUGUAACAACAACACCUAUAAAUUAUCAAAAAGGUAAUAAAAUAUACUAUAAAAUAUAUUACACAUUUGUUUUCUUAGGUGAAUCACCACCUGGUGUUGCAGCACAAUUAGGUAUGGGCAUUAGCAUAACAAUAAUUGGCAUCAUACUUAUCGGUGAAAUAAUAUUUUUCUAUCGAAAAUAUGGAUUGAAUGGACCAAUGCGUCAGUCAAAUUAUGCAUUACCUACCUUUCAAAGUUGA